UUGACCAAUUGCAGUCAAUGCAUUUCGGUGAGCUAGUAUGACGCAGAGACCGCAAUAAAGUUAUGCCUCACUCAGCCGCAACUGGACAGGGGCCAGGACAUCGCCUGAUUUCAAAUCGUCAGAAGUCGUUUAACUGCCGUUCUUUCUUUCUUUCUUUCUUUCUUUCUUUCUUUCUUUUUUCAGCACGGUUGAUGCCACCAGCAUCACACUGGCAGACGAAUUGCGCCGUGGAUAGUCAAUCUGGUUCUGUAGCCAGACGCGUGAAAACACGACACUUUCCAUAUCCAAUAAUAUGACUCACGGGGUCAUGAAUUACUGAGCCCCAUGUCAUGAGGUUGAUGUAUCGUUAGUGCCCGAGGAAGCUUGUUGAGAAGCAACAAGGACCAGGUUGUUUGCUUGACCAGCGCCGCUGUGGCAAUGAUUUCCAGGUCAUCCGAGACCGGAACCCCUUAAAGGGAUGGAAAUUUAAUGGAUUAUGCCGGGGGCAGUGUUGUCGGGAGGCCAUUUUCUAGCGUGCUUCGACUUCAUCUUCCAUGCCGUGUGUUCACCGGAAUCUCCACCAGGAUAUUAGAGUAUCAGGAUAUCAACCAGCUAGACAAUGCCGGUAAGUGGGGUCAAGGAGACUUCUAGAGCAGCAAUGACUGCUCCUUUAUGUCAUGGUAGUCAAACUGCAUGGGUUCUAAUGAGACUUUUUACUGUUUUUUUUUCUUGCGCCGAAAAUCCUGGAUCCAUGGCGCUGGAAUGGUCUUGCUUGAUGGAUGCCUGUUAAUUUCGCAUAAACUUUUUGCAUUUUU